AAGAUGGUGAAGUACGGCCUCGACUACACUCGCUGCAGAUGGAUCCUACCUCUGCUCCUGGGCAUAGGUGUCAUCUUUGGUAUCAUCGCGCUAGCGGGCAGGGGCUGGUUGGAAUCGCAGACCUUGCCCUAUGUGCAGCGGGCGUCGUUAUGGCAGAGCUGCCGGAGAGACGCAGGUGGAGAAUGGAUGUGCGAGUCCCUCAUGGGUUACGCUUGGGGAAGAGCUGCCGCUGCCACAUACCUUGUUGGCUUUAUACUUCUAGUGAUCUGCUUUGCUCUGGCCAUCAUAGCAUUUGCCAUUGAUACACUUCGGUUCAACUUCAUAAGAGGGAUCGGUGGCUUGCUUUUUGUUGCUGCUGUGUUCUCCAUCAUGGGCCUGGUCAUUUAUCCUGUAAAGUUCUCAACUGAGAUUGAAAUGACAGGAAUCAAUAUGUUCAGCUGGGCAUAUGGCUUUGGCUGGACCACUGCUAUUAUGGAAAUAUGCUUGGGAUUCUUCUUCUGCUGCCUUCCUAACUAUGAAGAUCAAAUCUUGGGUAAUGUGAAGCCAACAUAUUUUUACUCUUCCCCAUAAACACCAUGAAAAAUGCAUUUGUAUUUCAGACAUAUUUGACAGAUCAUCUAAAUUUCCCAGAAUAUCAUCAUCAGAUGUUAGUAGAAAAUGCUGCAAAAUUUUAAAAUGUAUGUAGAAAAAAACUACUGGCAAUUUACAAUAAAGUUAUCUAUUCUAUUCUG